UCAGUUUCAGUUUCAGUUGGCCGAUGGUGCGCUUACAAAACGCCGGUUUUCGGCGGACGCGUUCGCCUUCGCUUUCGCGCUCCUCAAUAAUCCAAAAACCCUGCACACAGAUACUCACCCACACGCACUCAUAAUGACAGGGGGUGGGUUGGGCAAGGUGAAAGUGCAAUAAGAAAGUGCAGCGGGGCGGGGGCGGGGGCGGCAAAGUGGCCGAAAUUCCGGGCAGCACUCUGAAGGCAACUCUAGCAAUUGGAUGGCGUUAUUUUUGGAUUAAGCAGCGCCAAAUUGUUACAAACGAACGAACAACGACCGACAUUUAACGAUUAACAUUAAGACCAACUGAAGUAGGGGAAAGUGCUUAGGAUUCCUUUUUUCCGAAUUCGCCCACAUACCGCCAGCAAAGAAGAACAACAAAAGAAACCCGUUAAGCGGAACUAAGUCGCGUGGAGGAUUUUAAAAAAUAUUUUUUAUCAACAAUAUUUUUGAAAAACUUCCAAAGACCCAAAGACAUUCGAAGCAGUAGCCGACGACAGAGAAGCUUCGAGGCAAACAAAGGCCAGCCAACAAGCAACCGAAGUUAAACACUUCCCCAAGAAGCAACUCGCAACUCCGCAGGAAGAAGCAGUCCAGAAAGGAAACAACCAAAAACAUCCAUACAAAAUGGCCGCCCUACAACGGAAGCUGGUGCACAAGCAGUUCAACUCGCCCAUGGGCCUCUAUUCCCAGGAGAACGUGAAGGCCACCUUGAACCGCGAGCUGAAAGCCUUCGGCGGCGAGGGGAUUGAAGUCGACGACCAAAUAACGAAGCCCCUGAACUUGGCCAACUCGGCCGUUCUGCGCGCCGUCGAAGAGGAAGAACAACAAGCCAAAUGUGGGGACUUCCCCCACAAAGAUUUCUACCCCACUGAAAGGCAGAGCCGACCGCGUCAGCGAGGCGAUGUGGAUGCACUGCAUCACACGCUGCACCAGCAGCUGCUCAACCAGAUCAAAACAGACUAUCUCAGUCACCAGCAGGACAUCACUAUCGAUCGGGACACUGUGCUGAAAAUCAACCGUCUUGCCACCAAGAGGCAUCUGCUCAAACGGGAUCACAGCUGGCCUCCGGCUGAGCAGGAUCAACCAUCCAUCAAUCCCGAACAGAGCCAUCAGAUCUCCUGCAGUCCAUCGCACAGUAUUGAGGCUUUAAGGGAGAAGUUCCAGAGUCCCACCCUGGUUAUCGAACCCACCGCCAAAGAAGUGAGAGAGCAGCGACGACGCGAUGGUGGCUCCAAAGAGAGAUCGAAAACGCCCCAAAAGGUCACCGAAGAACGCGACCUGGCGGAGGUUUUCCAUCAAACUCCCGUUUCGAAAGGCUUUUCCGCUCCAGAGACCAAGGCAGCCGAUGUGGAUUUGGGUUUGGUGGCUCCGCGAUGUGAGUACUACGAGCAAUUGGCCCACAAAAGGUCCACCACCCCAACUCUGCCCACUCAAAUCACUCCAUAUAGGCCAAGAUACAAGAGGCAGGCUCAUUCCCUGGAUCGUAGCCGCUCCCGGAAACGGACAGUGGGUGCUCCGGAAUUGCCGCCACCUAAGCCGAGAACCUCAAAGCCAAAAGUCCAACGUCGGUGCAUAAAACUGGCCACUGAGGUGAAGAUCUCAUAUGGCCACGACGGCGACAGCGAGGAUGAGCCCAAUUCUGGUCAAGAUGUGGAUUUGGAGACCUUGCCGCUGCCACCGACACCGGUGUCGCCAGCUGCCGCGAAUCUCAAUCAAGCGAAGACAGCAGGGCGAAUGGUAAUUGACAACGUGGCAGUUAAGCAGCAGCAGCAGAUGGCUUUGGCUUUGGCCACAAAUGGGAGCAUCAGUCCGGUGAAUACGAAUCCAAGUCCGUUGGCCAACACUCGCAUUGUGCCCAUUCGCGUGGAGGCAUCGGCGGACCAGCUCAAGCUGAGUGCCCAGCAGAUCUACGACGACGCCUGUUCGUAUCUGCAGGAUCACCAGGAGAUGGAGGAUAUCCAGCCCCAAACCGAGAGUCCCACCUAUGUGAGUGCCACCGGUGGGAUUAAGUUGCUCCAACGGCAAUCGAGCAGUACGCCAACCACUCCAGUUCCACCGCCCUUGCCUUCGCCGAUAAUGCGAUCCAAGUCUGGCCAGGAUUCGCAGGCUAAGGAAAAUCAGACGAAAAGACAGGGACGCAUCUACAGUCUGGAGACCACAACGGAGAAGCAGCAUGAGGCACAUGUUGAAAUUGCCCAGCUGGAGGCUAAGUAUGCCCACAUCCAGCAAUCCAUAGCGGAGCACCUGCUCCAAAUCGAUGCCUAUAUGGAGAAUGCCAAACAGGCGCUGCAAAGGAGCGCUCGGACCACACCAGUAUCAACUCCGGCACCAAUACCACCAACAGAAACAGCAACUCCACCGCCACCUCCUCCGCCACCACCACCAGCCCUACCCGCCAGACCCCUCAGUUCGGCGUCCAACGAAGCCUGGGACAUCUUCGCCCAUCGCCAGUCACCCGUUUUGGCCGUGGAAAGCCCAUUGCAGGCGAUACUCCGCCAGAUUUACACCCGGGCAGCUGGAUUACCCAAAAGGCUUUCCAAAGAGAUUAAGGAGGAUGCCGAUGCCGAGGCGGAGGCGGAGGAGGAAUCUCUUACCGAAAACGUGCCCAUUGUGGAGCGGGCUCUGGAUGAUCUGCAUAAGAUAGCAGUGGCACUGGAGCAAAAAUCGGAGCCCGCGAAACUCAUGCACGUAGAACUCCGGACAACGCCAGCUGUCUCUGAAGCGGAGCACGUAAUCAUCAAGGACGAGGAACAGGACGCGGACAUGGAGUACAGACACGUAUCGGAUGUAAUUGCCAACUAUGAGCAGUUGGCCAAAAAGGAGUUCGAGGAGUGCAAAGAGGAGCAGGUGGUAAAUAGCGAGGAGGUGCUGCCCAAAACUGAGUUGAGAAAAGCAAUAGAGGAGCAGCUGGCCAAAAAAGGAUUAAGGGGAGGUAAAAAGGUACUUGAAGGAGAGGAGAAAGCACUUACCAAUCUGGAUGUUCAAAAGGAUAUAAAAAAGGAUGCCAAGGCGGUAUCACCUUCCAAAGAUGAGUUGCUGGAAGACAAACCAGCUAUCCAAAAAGAUAUUAAAAGAGAUUUGGGAGCUAGUGAAGCCACAGCAGAUGCGGCAGUGGAGGAAACGGACAGAUCCUGCGGCCAUGGAGACUCCUCAGUCUACUGCCCAGUUUGUGAUGAAAUGCGCUGCUCACCAAACACCUGGGGCAAACUUAACAAAGCCGAUCAGUGGCGGAUUGCCAAUCUGCACAACGAACCCUUGAAGAACUACAAAGCCACCUAUGAGAUACGGAGUCCGUACAUCUCGCGGCAGAUCUCCUGGGAGGAUAUGCAGUCGGCCAAGGAGAAUGUGCCACCGGAGAAACUGCAACGUCAGCGAAGUUUCGUGGAGAUUGUGACCACACCAGCGACAGAAUCUCCGCCUCCAUCGUCGCCGCCGCCGCCACCUCCUCCACCCAGGCAUUUGGCCCUUCAGAAACCGGAAACGGAAGUAACAUGGGAGCGUAGUCGUUCGCCCAGUCCGUUGCCAUCUCGCAAAUAUCCUGCUCCACUCAUAGAAGCUCCACAGCGCUCCAGCUCUCCCUAUGCCCUCAAUCCCGUCCAGACGAAAGCUCCGCCAUCGCCCGUUAAUCUGCCGGCGAAAUUCACGCAUGUGCCGCAGCUCGAAGGCCACAAUAUUGGACUCCUGGUGAAAACGGCCACGGAGCCACUGCAGCAAAGCAUGUCGGCAUCCUCGUCAAUGCUGGCUGCCACGCCCCCGUCCACGCCCCCGUCCACGCCCCGUUCUGCGGCACAGCCCUCGCCCUUCGAAUUCCCAAGUCUCGAGCCGGCGGAGGAGCAGCACAAGUUCAAAUCCCUGGCCUCCUUCGACGAGGUGCAGCGAGAUUUCGGCGUUAACCGAUCGUUCGAUAAUGUAUCACCACGUCCAUAUCUGGGUAUUGAAGGCUACAAGCGUGUGGCCUGGCCACCGGCCUCCGAGGAGCGGAUCAUCCGGGAGUUCACCCCCCAGCCGCAGACGCAGAGUCCGGCUCCCGGUGCCGGAGGCUACUAUCCGCAGGCCCACGCCCCCACAGCAGCAGCUGCCGCUCCACCUCAGGGUCCCAUUUAUAACAACGUCCAGCCACGCACCACCCAACCACCACAAAAUGCCUACCCAUCGGCACCACAACCCACCAGCACCGCCUACCCCACCAACCAGUACCCAGAUAGUUAUCCGCAUCAGGAGCAGCAGCAGCAACAGCCUGUGCAGUACACACAGGCGCAGUUCGGUCGGCAGCGCUCGAGGGAACCCGUCCAGGUUCCAGCUCCAUCUCCAGCUCCCGCAACCGAUCCCAGCGGUUAUCCAUACCAGACUAACUAUCAGUCCAACUAUCCGCAGGAGCCGCUGCAGGCAGUGAACAAUGUGGGUGGUGGCUGGAAACACAUUGGUGCUCCGCAGCCCAAGUCACGCAGUGAAUUCACCGCCGGCAAUGGAGCCUAUCCCCCGUUCCAGGGAUCCUACCAGCAGCAGCAGCCGCAGCAGCAGCAGCAGCAGUACGGUGCUCCGUCUUACGAUGGCCAGCAGCAGCAGCCUGCAGCACAGUGGCAACAGCAGCAGCAGUAUCAGCCUCAAUCGCAGGCUCAGGCGCCCUAUCAGCCACCACAGUGGAACCAGCCGCAGCAGCAGCAGCAGCAGCAGCCAUCGUACCAGGCUUCACCGUACCAACAGCAACAGCAGCAGCAACAGCCAUCCUAUUACCCACAGCAAAAUGGUGGCUCGACCUAUGCUCAACCCCCAUACAAUUCUUAUUCGCAGCCCCAGUUGCCCUACUCGCAGGAUCAGACUGAUCUGCAGCAGCAGCAACAACAGCAGCAGCAGCAGCAGUAUCCGGGAGCCUACGCUGGCCAGGAUAGCUACCGGGGCGCCAGUCCCGGCAUCAUCACCCUGCGCAAGGAGGCUCCAGUCAGCCAGAAGCCUGCGCCAGUCUACACUUCGCAGCCAGCCGCCGUCAGUUAUCAGGGAGGCAGCAAAUUGCGCGGAGAUUUGAAGUGGCCACCACCGGAGUACAAGGAGGCCGCGGCUCGCGAGAACGAGGAACGACGCCAGUUGGCGUUGGGCCCCGUCUGCCGUCCCAGGAGAGUCAACCGGGACUACACACCCUUCUUUGCCAAGCACCAGUUGAACAAUGGCUAUCCCAGCUACAAGGUGCCUCCGGGCACCCAGCACAUUUUCGGCUAAGUUUGGGAAAGACUCAUUCAGAUGCCAAGAACAACAACAGCAUAAAAUUCAAUGGAACCCACUUCAUAAUAAUACUGAAAACGAUCAAUGUAUAUGUUACUAAAACGAAACACUAACGAACCAAUCUAUCUAUAGGAUAUAUACAAUUGUUAUACUAAUCUUAAAUGACCACUAACGACGCCAUAUAUACUAUACAUAUAUUACGAAACGAACCCAUGAUAGGUGAAUGCAAUACUACAGCAGGUGUGACACCAACCCGUGAAUCAUCUUCACUAUUAUCCGUAUAAAUAUAUGCUCGCUGAUCCCACGAUCAGAUUGCAUCCACUCGAGAUAAUACUAAUGAUGAUUCGUGGGCUUGGAACCCUGAUCCAAGCUGCCAAACGGGGCGAUGGAUAACGAAACUCUCCAUGCACCCAUACUAUAUACACAUAUUUGGAGCAUGUGCAUAUAGUAUGGCUUAGAUUGGAGACCAGAACUAUAAGCUGUAUGCUAUAUAGUGCUAGAUUCUAAGAUGAUUGUUAAACUAUUAACUAGCAAAUGAAAAAAUGGAAACGAUGCGACCCAAGACGGAAAAAUGAUAAUGAGAUUGAACCUUGUCUUAGAUGUAAGAGCACUACUAAACUAUUUAUUGUGAGCAUAUUCUAUUUAACGCAGAUCCCGUGCAGCGAUGAGCUCAAGGAAUCCACUGGGCGAACCAUGAGUUCCCCGAUAUCGUGGCACAUCCUUUGGAGCCGCUCGCACGGGUUUCUCAAUGUUUAUUGUUUGAGUUUGCAUGCUUUUUGCUUAUAUCUUUACUAUAUGCACAUAUAUAUAUAUUUACCUUGAAAUUGUUAAACUGCAAAUUAUAAAAAACCGUCAAAUAUCCCGCUAUAAGUAAGUUAUACAAGAGACCAGGCGACCGCGCCGAAACAAAUCUGUGAGUUCGGAAAAUGUCAUUCAAGGAUAUGAAAUGCAACGCGCUCGUUCGGAUCAUGCCACCCCUAUAAGGCCCCAUUAGUCCCCCUACCAGACGCCCGAGGUCGGCCCUUUAGUCCGCCCGCUGACCCCAGGCAAUAAUAUGAGGAUGCCUUUGCCUGCUGGACGAGCAGCCGCGGACUCAGGGCCCGGAUCUUGGCGUAUGGAGCGGGGAUGAGGCCGGGGCGAGGUCGAGGACGGGCCAACAACUCUCAGACUUUACCAAUUACUAUGACCAGCCAUGUCUAUACGCAACUACACUACGAUGUAUAACUAAUAUGAAAUGAGAAACUAAAUAAACGGCAAGUUUUGAUUACUCGCGACGAGAAGAACUA